UCUAUUCUACUGUUCAUUGCUUGUUUUCCUAUAGGUCAAGUGCUGGUGAAACAGCCGUCUGCAGAUGUGUAUGGAGUCUCUCUGACAACACACCUUUCCCGGUUUCACUGUGAGAUUGCUGUGCCCAUAUCUGCCUGUGUUAAACUACUGCUCAUGUAUGGAAUGCAUGAAGAGGGUCUCUUCCGAUUGGCUGCAGGAGCAUCUGUCCUAAAGAAGCUGAAGGCUCGUCUUGAUGCAGGUGCCAGCGAUCUGGGGGAAUUCAGUUCUGAACCUCAUGCAGUUGCAGGAGCAUUAAAGUCGUAUCUGCGUGAGCUUCCUGAGCCGCUGAUGACAUCAGAACUCUUCAGUGACUGGAUGAAAGCUGCCAGCAUCAAAGAGGCAGAAAAACGUCAGGAGAAUUAUAGGGAGGUUCUCCAGAAACUUCCCGAUGAAAACUACACCAACCUCAGAUAUUUAAUGAAGUUUCUGGUAAAGUUGGCUGAACAGCAUGAGGUGAACAAGAUGACGCCAAGCAACAUUGCCAUUGUGCUGGGUCCCAACCUAUUGUGGGCUCACACUGAGGGGAGCCCAUCCAUAGUCGACAUGGCUUCUGCUUCUCCUAUCCUGGUUGUGAACGUGGUUGAAGGAUUGAUAAGUUGUACCGAUGAUGUUUUUCCUGGAGUUGUAGAUUUUGGGGUUCCAGAAUAUGCUGUGAAUGCACCAGCAUCUCCAGGACUGAGCGAGGUGACACCUAGAACUGAACAUGUCCCCACAGCAAGCUCCCCACUUCCAGCUGUAUCAGGCAGAGAUGCUGAAGUUCCAAGUGUUCCUCCAGAAGCUACUACCAAAAAGGUUCCUGUGAAGGGAUCGCCUCUUAUUGAGGUGGGCAGUAAUACAUUGAAUCAACCAGAGCUCAGUCCAACCACAGCUCGUAGAGUGAAACGUCUGGCUCCUCAGCGCCCCAGUGUCCCUCCGCCUAUGCAGCCUCGAGGAUCUGCCAAUAAUGAAACCUCUGAUGAACUCCAGAGCCCCCGACCCAUUCCUAGGAGGAAUUUGGGUGGCAGCCUUAAAGUACCUAACAUGCCUCCACCUAAUCCUCCCCAACUAGCCAAGCAUCCUGAUGGAAAGUCAGAUGGAGGGGAUACUGAUCCCUCAAUGAGAAAUGCUCCACAACCUCUGCCCCGGAACCGCAUUCAGUCUACAGACAACUAAAGGCGGGGAUGUUCUCCUCCUAAAACUUGUAUUUUACCCUGGUGGGGCCACAAGGAGUGUAGGGGACUCCUAGUGGAAAUACGAGGAACUGAAACAUGAUAAGGAAAGGAAUAUCUGAUCCAGUGCAGGUUCCCGUACCAGAUGUGAUUUCUAGAGACUGGUUGGUUUCCUUUCUAUAAUACAUAGGACUGGCUCCUAUGGUCAAUAAAGAGUUAAUUGAUCC